AUGGCGAACAGGCCGCCGGAAUACCACGGGCAGAUGCCCUCGUCCUUUGACGACCAAGAGCUCUACAACGAGCGGCCGAUGCAAAAAGUCAAGCGCAAGCUCAAAGAAGAGCCCCUCGUCCCUCUCGGAAUCGGCUUGACCGUCCUCGCCUUCGUCAACGCCUACCGAGCCCUCCGAAAGGGCGACUCCAGGCAGGCAAACCGAAUGUUCCGCGCGCGAGUCGCCGCCCAGGGCUUCACUGUCAUCGCCAUGGUCGCCGGCAGCAUGUACUACAGCAAGGAUCGCGAAAAGACAAAGGAGCUGCGCAAGCUCAAGGAGGAGCGCGACGCCGAGGAGAAGCGCCAGCGGUGGAUCCACGAGCUGGAGGUUCGCGACGAGGAGGAGAGGCAGAUGAGGGCGGCGAUUCAGCAGAGACAGUCGGGCCGGUCAGAUUCCGCUUCUGCUGCUGCUGCUGCCCCUGCUGAGGGGACGGGCGGCGUGCUGGGGAAGAUGGGAUUGUGGGCAAAGGGUGAGAAGGCUGCGGCGGAGGCGGAGGCGGAGGCGGAGGCUGCCGGGGAGGUGCUGGAGAAGAAGGCGAAGAGAGAGAAUCCGAAGAGCUCUCUUGGUGCGCUGGGAGAACUAUAUAGCUCCAAGAAGGACGAUGGCUCUAAGAAAUGA